AUGGAAGGCUACACUGCUGCAAAACAUUUUAGACCGAUCAGCCUAACGUCUUAUAUUCUAAAGAUGCUGGACCGAUUUGCUUUUGCUGUCCUCAAACCGAGGUUCCUUCAUGCGGCUGUGGUCUGGUGGCCAGCAAAGGGCUUCAUGUUCUGUGAAGUCCUCCUACACCUCGCGAUAACUGCAAAAGCGGCACAUGCGAUGGGCCGCCUGGCCAGAGUAAACAGAUGGACUCGGGGGACUAGACACACUAGGCACCCGAGCGACAUCAGCUCACUGCCGAUACUUGAGAUGAGGCUGGAGAGUAUAACAAAAAGCUUCGACUUCACCAAGGCUUUCCGCGUCUGCUUUCCAGAUAGGGAUGUGUGGAAAGGAAAUGGGCGAGGGGUCGUGCUGGACAGUCAAGGACCUGUGCUGGUGUCAGAGCCACGUCCGGUGAUGGAGUUUUCAAACGACACUGGGACGAUGAUUCACUGCUUGGCACAGGGUAGUCCAACGCCCCGCGUCGAUUGGGUGAUGGGCGACGGUUCGUCAGUACUGCCAAUAUCUCGUAUCCGCGAAAUUCUGAUGAAUGGAUCCAUGUAUUUCUUGCCGUUCGGUGCUGAGAGUUAUCGUCACGACGUUCAUUCUGCUGUCUACAGAUGCCAAGCUUCCAACAGCGUCGGCAGGGUGCUCGGUCGUGAAGUCAGCGUAAAAGCUGUGGUUCGCCAGAAAUACGAGGUGCAAGUGAGAGAUGCUUACGUUUUCUCUGGUAACACCGGUGUACUCAGAUGUGAAAUUCCAGCUUUUGUGAAGGAGUACAUCGCUGUAACAUCUUGGGUUCAGGAUUCCGCUUUCAACAUCUACCCUUCUCCCGAGAGCGAUGGAAAAUACCACAUGUUGCCGACUGGGGAACUUCUAGUUUUCAGUGUGACAUCCGCGGAUGCACAUUUUAGUUACCGCUGUCGUACUGUUCAUCGCGUCACUGGGGACACGGUCGAAAGUUCUUCCUACGCCCGCCUCGUUGUUGCCGAACAUCGAAAUCCUGUACCCCCACGAUUCAACGAACGCGUAAGCCCGGCUCCAAUUCGUACCGGGGAAACUAUAGUUCUAUCCUGCAUCUCUCAAGGAAUACCACCACCAAUGUACCUCUGGUUUCGCGAAUCCAUUUCUGGCACUGAGAUGAUCGUCAAUUCCGAGAGAAUACAUUCCAGGGCUGGCGUUUUGGUCUUACAGUCUGCCAGGAUUGAGGAUGCUGGACGUUAUGUUUGCCACGCCAACAAUACAGCUGGUUCCGAAAGAGUGGAACUUGAGGUUUCGAUUAUAAGCAGUCUUUCGAUACGUCUGCAGCCUCAACAGGUGACUGUCGACCUUGCUAAAGACGCGGAGUUUCAAUGUACAUUCACAGGUCAACCAACUCCUAUAAUAUCUUGGGCGAAAGACGCUCUUCCCUUGAGAGAAGGAACUUCCGGCAGAAUCAAAAUUUUAGGCAACAAUGGUACAAUUCUGCACAUAUCUUCCAUCACUCGUGACGACAAGGGAAUGUACCAAUGCUUUGCGAAAAAUGAUUACUCAAUGGUGCAAGCUACAGCCGAACUACGACUUGGAGAUGCGUCUCCUCAACUAGUGUACAAAUUUAUUGAACAAACGAUACAACCCGGGCCUCCAGUAUCUCUCAAGUGCAUCGCUACUGGAAACCCAACACCACACUUCACUUGGUCCUUAGAUGGGUUUCCACUUCCUCAUUACGACAGGUUUAUGAUAGGACAAUACGUCACGGUACACGGAGAUGUUAUAUCUCACGUAAACAUAAGUGGCGUUCGCGUAGAAGAUGGCGGAGAAUAUAGAUGCACAGCGGACAAUCGAGUAGCGAAGGUGUAUCAUGGGGCACGCCUAAACAUUUAUGGGCCACCCCUCGUACGUCCUAUGGGUAAUUAUGCUGCUGUCGCUGGUGAAACGACUGUCAUCAAGUGUCCCGUGGCUGGCUUUCCCAUCUCCAGUAUCACUUGGGAGAAAGAUGGCCAAGUUCUUCCAACCAGUCGGCGGCAGGAAGUUUCACGAAAUGGUACUUUGGUCCUUCAUCAUGUGGACAGUAGCACCGAUAGAGGCGAAUAUAGAUGCACUGCCAAAAAUAAGCAAGGGCGAUCGCAUUCUAAAACUGUACAAAUUGACGUCAAAGUACCACCAAAAAUCAAUCCAUUUUACUUUCCCGCCGACGUUCAGGCGGGGGCGAGAGUGCACGUGACUUGCGUCGUAAGUGAGGGUGAUUCUCCAUUGAGGAUAGUUUGGCUUAAAGACGGAGGUCCCUUAAAUAAAGGAGAAGUGGACACUCAUCAAAGUGGCGAAUUUGAUCUCGCUCUCAAGAUUCAUAGCGCUUCACCGGCUCAUAAUGGGAAUUACACGUGCGUGGCGAGUAACGACGCCGCGAAUACUUCGCGCACAGAACAUUUACAGGUCCACGUGCCGCCUAGAUGGGUGAUGGAGCCUCAAGAUGUUCAUGCACCCGAAGGGAUGUCAAGGUUAACACUGCACUGCCAUGCUGAUGGAUUCCCACCUCCUACAGUAACGUGGCGCAGGGGGAGUGGAAAAGGACCUGGAAAUUAUCAUGAUAUCAUGAACCAUGAACACUCGCAGGAUCUUAACAUGCAUACAAAUGGGUCCCUCGUUUUUGGAAGGGUGCAGGAAGGCCAUGAAGGAUAUUAUCUCUGUGAAGCAGUCAAUGGCAUUGGCGCUGGGUUGAGCAAAUUGGUUCACUUAACUGUUAACGCGCCAGCGCAUUUUAAAGAGAAGCAUCGGAACCAGACAGCACGCUUAGGGUCAAACGCUUCAUUGAGAUGCGACGCAAAAGGUGAUCAUCCCUUAAAAAUCAUCUGGCGGAAAGCUGGAUCCCUGCUUGAACCUUCCGUCUCAGAUUACCGUUACACGGUAAAAGAGCUCAAUACCACUGACGGAGCAGUGAGCAUUCUUGAGCUUAUCGGCACAACGAGGGAGGAUAGCGGUCGAUAUUUUUGCAUGGCAUCAAAUGCUUAUGGACGAGACGAAAUGACGAUGCACCUCUACAUUCAAGAGCCUCCAGACUUCCCAAAAAAUUUACGAGUUAUGGAUAAAGGAAGUCGAUUCCUAAAAUUAGGGUGGACUACCAGUCAAGAUGGUAAUAGUCCAAUCACCAAGUACAUCAUUGAAUAUAAGAUUGAAGCCGAAGUAUGGCAUGAUCAUACUUUUCACACAAUCGUUCCUGGAAAUGAAGCUCAAGGACAUGUUGGUGGAUUGCGACCAGCAGUAACGUAUCAGUUUCGAGUAUUUGCUGAAAAUGAUUUAGGCAGGAGUCAAGCAAGUGAUAUAUUGGAUGUGACAACAGACGGAGAAAAGCCUGGAGGUCCUCCUCGAAAUCUGAAAGUGGAUCCCAUUAGUUCAACAGAAUUUAAAGUAACGUGGGACCCACCAGAUCAUGAUUUAUGGAAUGGAGAAAUUUUUGGAUACCAUGUAGGGUACAAAGAGCACAGAUUGGCUGCAGAACAGUAUACCUAUCGAACAGUGGAAGGUCGAAUAUCAUCAGCAAGUCUUGCAUUAGGAUUGGCACGAACUUCCAUGCCUGGUCGUUCCUGUCACUUAACUAGUCUGAAAAAAUUUACUCGAUAUAGUAUAGUAGUUCAGGCUUAUAAUGCCUUAGGUCAAGGCCCAAUGUCUCCAGAAGUUGUUGGAACUACACUUGAAGAUGUUCCAGGUAGUCCACCUCAAGAUGUUCGAUGUACUGCCCUUUCAUCGCAGUCUCUGCAAGUAUCAUGGGAUGCACCACCAGACUCGAGCUUGAAUGGAAUCUUAAAGGGUUAUAAGGUCAUGUGGGAGAAUAUGGAUCUCCUGACGGAAACUACAAAAUCAGAAACGAAGCUCACAACGGCUUUAACGGUUGUCAUAAAUAAUUUAGAGAAGCAUGCGAAUUAUUCCGUUCAGGUUUCGGGAUAUACAAGAGCCGGAGAUGGAGUAGCAUCAGCUUCCAUUUAUUGUGUGACAGAAGAAGACUUGCCGGAAGUGCCCGCGGGUAUUAAGGCGGUUGCGAGUUCGAGUAAUUCCAUUAUAGUGUCUUGGCAGCCACCGCUGAGAAGCAAUGGUGUUAUCACGUCUUACAGUGUUCAUGUUCAUGGUCCGGAAGGGAAGUGGUUCCGCAGAGCUUUACCACCUCACCAAACGAGCUACCAGGCUGAGAAUCUGACUAAAAGGAAUCAAUAUGAAUUUAGCAUUGCUGCGGUAACUUCAGUUGGGGAGGGACCCAGAACUCCAUCUGUUGCUGUCUCACCCUCCAGUGAAGUUCGAGCAGCAGUAUUUUCGUUCGGGACAACCCUCGUCGUUCCUUGGAAGCAGGAUGUAACACUACCAUGCCAAAGCGUUGGAAAACCAGAACCAUCAAUAAUCUGGAAGCAAUGGGGAGAGAUGGUGAAACCAUCCACACGGGUCUCCAUGCAACCCGAUGGCUCUUUACAGAUAACGGAUCUCCAUAGAGAAGACAGCGGAAAUUACACCUGUCUCGUUGAAAAUCGACAUGGCUCUGAUCAAAUCACACAUCGUUUAACCGUUCAAGUACCUCCAGCUGCACCACUGUUACAUGCUACUAGUUCCACAAGUAAUUCCAUAAACGUACAAUGGAAAAAUGGAGAUGAUGGUGGAGCAUCAAUCAGGGGCUAUAUUCUUCAUUACAAACGCGAAUUCGGUGAAUGGGAAGAAGUUCGAGUGUCGCACAAAAUAAACAGCUACCUAUUAUCGCAACUUUGGUGUGGAACAGACUAUCAAAUAUACCUAACAGCCUACAAUAGAAUUGGCAUGGGUUCUCCAAGCGAAAUAGUAAAAUCAACGACUGAAGGUUCUAAGCCUGCAGACUCUCCUGCAAGUGGAGAUAGAUUUAUUACAGUUAAUGUUUCUUGGAUCAUUCUUCAUCUGCAUAUGUGGAAUGAUGGAGGGUGUCCUAUCACUUUUUUUGAGUUGGAGUACAAGAGAAGUGGGGAGGAACUUUGGACACUUGUUUCUAAUAAUAUUGAGGUACAAAAGACUUAUACACUUAGUGAAUUGCAACCGGGAACAACCUACGAAGUACGAAUUAGAGCGCACAACAAUGCUGGUUCCUCGGUAGCAGAAUAUAAAAUAUCGACGUUACAGCCACACAGCAGUUCUACUGUACCUGCGAUCGAAAUCGAUCAUUUUAUUCCGCAGCAUACACCUGUAUACUCGGAUUUAAAACUUAUUGUACCUUUGGUGUUGAGUUCGUUUGCAGUCAUCUCUGCUGCUGGAGCUGUAUUUUACUGUUUUAGAAAACGGCCUUUGAUGGGUGACCUAGGAAGUCUACAUGAUGCACAGACUGCAGCUGCCUUAGAUAAUAAGCAAAAUAUGGAGCAACGUGAACAGUAUUAUGCGACUGUACGAAAACCCCUUCGAUCGCCAAUUCACGAAAUGGGUACUUUGGAAAGGAUACCAGAGUACUCGGAAGAUAUUUAUCCCUAUGCAACAUUCCAGUUAAAGGAAAGCGUACCUGCAAGUGGCGAUAGUCGUUGUGACUCUGCUGCCCCACUUCAAACUUUUGUCUAUCAUGAUCCGCGGUUAUCAGCUGCUGACACACUCCAGUUGCGAGAGUCGGAUUGCAACCGGUACACUAAGGUGCGCGGAGGCCGUUCGUCCUCUGCGCCAUUGCAUAAAACGCACAAGACCAAUCAGGGAAAGUCCGAGUCGGAGGAGUACGACACCCUGGGCUCGGACAGCGACACGGAAGUCGGGACCAGCAGCCGAACUGAGUCUUCCAAUCACCUCGUCGAUUCGCACCUUUCGGCUUCUGUAGCUGCGGCUGACGCGCGUGUUCACAACUUCCUGUACCAUGGACCAGAAUCUAGCACGUCUACAGAACCCUCACCGGUUUUUGAGAGAAAAUCGUUUCCUGGAAGGGGACGACCCAAGGUGUUACAGUUGGCGCGUUAUACCAGCGAGGAGGCCCGGUCAAUCUUCGGGAUCAACAGGUCUGGCCAUUCCAGGCACCAGUCGAGCUCUGUCUUCCGGGAGCACCAGCAGCAGGAGCGUGACGGAUCGGGAUUGUUCAUCCCCAAAUUGGAUCCACCCUCGGGUUUCUCCGACGCGCAUGAAUUGAGCGAAGCCGAAUGCGACUUAGAUCGAGGACGAGGUGGUCAACGAAAUCUUCGUGACUUCAUUAUCGCAGUGUAAAUAAAAAUGAUCGUAAGCGUGUUUUUUCGUGAAUUAUCACUGAAUUUAUUACAUAAUUCGUUUCGAAUUACAUCGACGUAAGCAGAAUGGAUACUGAACUGCCACUAUCAACACGCGCAAAGCGCGUAACAUACUCGGUCUUAAUACGUAAUUUCAAAAUCUGACAUUCGCGCGCCAAGAAGUUGUCUUGUUGAUAUAUCGUAUACUUUAUAACAUAUAUGUACAUUGUUUAAUACGAGAUUCGUACACUUAUGUUUCAAACGAUUUUAGAGAUUGUUUAUAUUCUAUUUACUUUGUAAAAUA